AUGGAGGCUAGCUCGGCGGGUCGCUGGCCGUCUCGCGAGGCAUCGGCGGAAGAAGCCGAGCCGCCGGCCGCCUCCUGGAGCGGGGACAGCGGCCGCGUGUCGCAGAGCCUCAGCCUCGCCUCGGGGCCGUGGGAGGACGAGGGCGCGGACGGGGGCGCGCCGGGCCGCGACCUGCCGCUGCUGCGCCGCGCCGCCGCGGGCUACGCCGCCGGCCUGCUGCCCGGGGCCGGGGCGCGCGCCGAGGUGCAGGCCCUGGACGCCAGCCUGGACGAGCUGCUGACGCGGGUGGACGAGUUCGUGGGCAUGCUGGACAUGCUGCGCGGCGACUCCUCCCACGUGGUGAGCGAGGGCGUGCCGCGCAUCCACGCCAAGGCCACGGAGAUGCGGCGGGUCUACGGCAAGAUCGACCGGCUGGAGGCCUUCGUGGGCAUGAUCGGCGCCAGCGUGGCCCGGAUGGAGGAGCAGGUGGCCCGGGCGGAGGCCGAGCUGGGCUCCUUCCCCGGCGCGUUCAGGAAGCUCCUGCACACCAUCCACGUGCCCGCCCUCUUCGCCAAGGCGCCCGCCGGCAGGCCGCCGCCGCCGGCCGCCUACGAGCCGCCCGCCCUGUUCCGGACCGAGGACCACUUUCCCGGCGGCGGCGAGCGGCCUCUGCUCUGA